GGACAACUUCCAAUCCACUGAAGUCUAGCAAUUGCCGAAAGCACGAAGCACGAAGCACGAGGUGACCACAUCCCCGGACUCUACGCUUAUACCGCUAGGGAUUGACGUGCAUACAUGUGAAGGUUCAACUUGGAAGACCGAGCCAUGGGCUUUCUCGCCGAACUUGUAUCCGGCCCCCUUAACGGAGCAGCCCAGCAACGUGAGAAGCACCGACGCUCAUCGCCAACGGGAGACAAGUCACUGCACUACGACGACAGCCCCCUGAGUACCAGGGCGAAAAGCGACAAGAUCAAAUGUCUUGACGGAUUACGGGGUAUCGCCUGCUUCAUUGUUUUCAACUACCACUUCCUCUGGCCAUGGACACCACUCAUCAUGCUCGGCUACGGCGCAAGGCCGCCCAGGUCCCUUGAACCCUACGCCGAGUACUCGCAGCUGCCCAUCAUUUGUCUCACGCACCGCGGCCGGCCCAUGGUCGCUAUCUUCUUCGCUAUCUCUGGCUAUGUCCUCUGUCGGCACGUUUUGAGGUCCAUACAGAAGCGGCAUCUAGAAGCCGCCUACAAGGCUCUCGCGUCGGCUGUUUUUCGGCGCGCGUUCCGUCUUUACAUCCCGCCGACCAUCAGCCUCUUCCUGGUAGCGAUGUUGGCGCAGAUGGGUGUCUUCAAGCCGGAAUACGCCAUUUACAAGGGACCGGACUCGAUCUACAUCAACGGCACCAAGGGUGCCUGGCCGGGCCACUUUGGUGCUAAUGGCAGCAUGACUCUGAACAGCACAAUGGGAUUGAGCGCGAAUGGUUCGAUGCACCACCAUCACGGUGCUCAUCGCUUCAACGCGACAUGGAUCAAGCUGGGCGGCAUGUGGGAGGAGCACCCCAUCAUUCAUCCCAACAUGACCACGGCACUGUCAAAUUUCACGGCUGUGUAUGCCGAGUGGGCCAAUCCGUUCACGUGGGAUCCUCGCCAUCCGCGCCUCGACCCGCAUGCCUACACAAUCCCAAUGGAAUUCCGGGGCUCAAUGGUUCUGUACACCCUCCUUCUCGGCACAGCAGCUCUGAAGGCAUCUUGGCGGCUUUCAAUCGCGGGAUAUCUCGCCAUCUACUGCCUGAUCAUGGGCCGAUGGGAAGUCGCCACCUUCCUAGGGGGGAUGAUCAUAUCCGAACUCGACGUGUUGCGCACAUCCAGUCAAACCGACCCCAUCCUAGGCGAUCCCAACAGCGUAGCAAAGUCCAGGCGCCGCAGUGCGGUGUCGCCAGGCAUGAGCAAUAUCCUUCACUACGUUCUUCUAUUUUCAUCCCUAUACCUCCUCUCCUAUCCCGACUCCAACGCGGCCUUCACCCCCGGCUUCCGUACCCUCUCCUCUCUCACGCCCCGCCACUAUGCACCCAGUGAGCGCUGGCGCUUCCACCAAUCUAUCGGCGCGCUUCUCCUGCUCCCUUGCGUUAUGCGGAGCCCGUUCCUCCGUCGCGUGCUCGAGGGCCGGAUACCGCAGUACUUGGGCAAAAUCAGCUUCUCAUUCUACCUGGUCCACGGUCCCGUGCUCCAUAGCAUGGGCUUUUGGAUCAUGCCCAGGCUGUUUGAUCAGCUGGGCAAGACGAGGGGGUUUGUGGUGGGGUGGUUCAUACUAGCGGGAGUAAGUCUGUAUCUGGCUAGGGUGUGGUAUAGGAAGGUUGAUGUUUGGAGCGUGGGAGUCGGGAAGCGGGUUGAGAGGUAUAUGGUCAGACAAUGAGAUAAUGGGGGCUGGGUUUCUUCUGUUGGAUAUAUACAGGACUAGAGAGAACUUUAUGUUGAUAAAUUAAGAUCCCUUUUAUAGUAGAACUAGAUCGGGUUCAUAGAUCGCUUGUUCUACUCCAUAAUAUGAAAAUUAUCACGCCA